AUUUUUUUAUAAAUAUUUGUAAUUUACCGUACACAAAAGUGGCUAUGAGUCACGAGUAUUAAGCGCUCAAUGUAUUUAGUAUGUAUGUACUGGUCAGAAACUAGCGCGAUCAUACGCACAUUCAUAGCUUCUUUGAUAUUCAAUCCACAAUGGUGUUACCUAUGUUCCGUAGCUUAGCGGUACCGCAUACACGUGCUAUCUUUAGCUCAGCGAGGGCGCUUCCCUGCAGUGCUCCAAACCAAAUGAAUGCCGUCCGACUACAGUCAACCAGUGCCAAGUCGUGGCAAACGGGGAAGCUGAACCAUGUGGCUAUAGCUGUGCCCGAUCUUGAGCAGGCAUCACAGUUUUGGAGAGAUACGAUGGGGGCUAAAAGCGUGAGCGAACCAGUGCCCCAACCGGAGCACGGUGUGUACACAGUCUUUGUGGUGCUUGGCGAUGGCGCAAAGAUAGAACUCAUCCACCCUUACGGAGACAAGAGUCCGAUCGCGAAUUUCUUGGCUAAGAAUCCCAGUGGAGGCAUCCACCACAUAUGUGUCGAGACUGACAAGAUUGACAACGCUAUCAAAGAAUUACCCGAGAAUGGCAUCCGCCUGCUAGCAAAAGAGUCUAAAAUCGGUGCGCAUGGAAACCCGGUGGUCUUCAUGCAUCCCAAAGAUACAAAUGGCGUACUGACAGAGCUUGAAGAGACCAAAAACUUCUGAGGAAUCGAAUCGAAGCAAUGAUGACUAGUCAACCAACCAGUGGUAGUGGCGAGUAAACGCAAGGGGAUGAUACAAUACAAGCGCGCCUGAGCUAGCCUGGUUAGGCUAGAGAGCAACCUAUGUUCCUUCAAUCGAGAAUAUUGAGUAUGUCCCUGUGGAGAUACUAUCUGAGCGUGUUGGGACGAGCUAUCGGACUACCGAUUGGUUGGAUAUUGAAAUGUCUUAAUACACCGCGCAAUGCGGAUUAUCAGUCAGAUGUCAGUUUAGUUCAGAAACGCAUCCGUUCCCGCUCUCCCCAAACACUGAUCAAUAAAAUUUGCUACUAUGCACUUCAUUCUAAAA